GCUCGGUCGCUGGGCGGCGCUGCCUGAGCUGGGCUCAAUUCUGGCUUUGGCUGCAGCUCCAGUGGGGGUGGGCGGCGGGGAUGACAGCGGCGGUGGCAGCGGCUGCGGAGCGAGGCUGGGCGAGCGGCUAGCGAGCAGGGGCAAGAGGAGGAAGUGGAGCAGCGGCGUGGAGCUCGGGAGUCAGCCGCCGCGCCGAGGUCCGCCCCGUUUUGCUGUGCGAGCCGAGUCCGGACCCGAGAAGACUUCCCCGCAGGGCUCUGGCGGCCGUGACUCCCUGCCGGCUCCUGCCCUGCCCUUGCCGGUCCCAGCUCCGGGUUCCGCUCCCGGACACUCCCAGUCCUGCUGUCUGGGGCGUACGGCCGGGACGCCCCAAGCCUCAGCCCUGAUCUGGUGCACCGGGACAGGACGCUUCUGGCCCCACCAUACGGGUCCGUCCUUGCGGGUUCGUUCCCAGCCUAUCAGUGAGUGUCGGAGCUCGCCGCCCUCCGCCCUGAGGUUAGCGCAAGGUGGCCCCACGCCCUCUACUUGGGCUCAAAGGAGCCCGGACACCUCCAUUCUCUGGCUCCACCAGAUACUGAACCUUCAGUUGCCUCUGACCCAGUGCUUCGGACUUGGAACCGUGCGAGCGCCCGGGUCCAGCGCUCUGUAAAGGAUCCCAGGCGGGCUAGACAGUCGGACUGAACCACUGGGCUGGUGCUGUGAACGCAGGCUACCACCUUCCUCUAGCCCCAGGCGAGGGGCUCAAGUCUUGCCCCGAAGAGAACACAAGGGCCCGCCUCUGCCCCGGCAGAGGGGGCAGAGCGGAAAGCCCAGGCUGCAGCUCUCCCAGUGAAGUGACGUCACUGCCUCUCUGGACAGGACACCCCCAGGAGCCCAGCUCACAGCCACCAGUACCUUCUUCCAGGACCAGCCAGGGCCUCCAUGGGCGCCUGAGGGCCGGGUGCCAGGGUGGCAGGCGCGAGCAUGGUGAGACACCAGCCCCUACAGUACUACGAGCCCCAGCUGUGCCUCUCCUGCCUCACGGGCAUCUAUGGCUGCCGCUGGAAGCGCUACCAACGCUCCCACGAUGACACCACGCCGUGGGAGCGCCUCUGGUUCCUGCUCCUCACCUUCACCUUUGGCCUCACGCUCACCUGGCUCUACUUCUGGUGGGAAGUCCACAAUGACUAUGACGAAUUCAACUGGUACCUCUACAACCGCAUGGGCUACUGGAGUGACUGGCCUGUGCCCAUCCUUGUGACCACAGCUGCUGCCUUCACAUACAUUGCUGGCCUCCUGGUCUUGGCACUAUGUCACAUUGCUGUGGGACAGCAGAUGAACCUGCACUGGCUGCACAAGAUAGGGCUGGUGGUCAUCCUGGCCUCAACAGUCGUGGCCAUGUCAGCCGUGGCCCAGCUGUGGGAGGACGAGUGGGAGGUGCUGCUGAUCUCCCUGCAGGGCACAGCCCCGUUCCUGCACGUGGGGGCCCUGGCUGCAGUCACUAUGCUCUCCUGGAUUGUGGCAGGACAGUUCGCCCGUGCAGAGAGGUCCUCUUCCCAGGUGACUAUUCUCUGUACCUUCCUCACCGUGGCGUUUGCCCUCUACCUGGUGCCCCUCACCAUCUCCUCUCCUUGCAUCAUGGAGAAAAAGGACCUCGGCCCCAAGCCUGCCCUCAUUGGCCACCGCGGAGCCCCCAUGCUGGCUCCAGAGCACACACUCAUGUCAUUCCGGAAGGCCCUGGAGCAGAAACUGUAUGGACUCCAGGCUGACAUCACCAUCAGCCUGGAUGGUGUACCCUUCCUCAUGCACGACGCCACCCUGCGCCGCACCACCAACGUGGAAGAGGAGUUCCCGGAACUGGCCCGCAGACCUGCCUCCAUGCUCAACUGGACCACCCUGCAGAGGCUCAACGCUGGCCAGUGGUUCCUGAAGACUGACCCUUUCUGGACGGCCAGCUCCCUGUCACCCUCCGACCACAAGGAGGCCCAGAACCAGUCCAUCUGCAGCCUGGCAGAGCUCCUGGAGCUGGCCAAGGGCAACGCUACACUGCUGCUCAACCUGCGAGACCCACCCCGGGAGCACCCCUACCGCAGCAGCUUCCUCAACGUCACCCUGGAGGCUGUGCUACACUCCGGCUUCCCCCAGCACCAGGUCAUGUGGCUGCCCAACAGGCAGAGGCCCCUCGUGCGGAAAGUGGCUCCUGGUUUCCAGCAGACAUCAGGCUCCAAGGAGACUGUCACCAGCCUGCGCAAAGGCCACAUCCAGUGGCUGAACCUGCGCUAUACUCAGGUGUCCCGCCAGGAGCUCAGGGACUAUGCAUCCUGGAACCUGAGUGUGAACCUCUACACAGUCAAUGCACCGUGGCUUUUCUCCCUGCUGUGGUGUGCAGGGGUUCCAUCCGUCACAUCUGACAACUCCCACACCCUGUCCCAGGUGCUUUCCCCACUCUGGAUCAUGGCCCCGGACGAGUACUGUCUCAUGUGGGUCACCACCGACCUGAUCUCCUUCACUCUCAUCGUUGGCAUCUUUGUGUUCCAGAAGGUUGCUGAGACAGAGCAAUGGACAGCCCUGCCCCAUGUCAUUCUAACCCCCUUCCCUCAGAAACCCGUGAAGACCAGCUCUGGGCAAAGCCCCCUACACCUGUCCCUACCUCCCUGCUUUCCUUCCCUUCCUUCCUGGGGUCUCCCCUCUGGCUUCACUCAGCCUGGUCAUCAUUGUGGAGCUAUAGGAGACAUCACCUGGUGCUCCUUGAGGUGGCGCCUGGGUGGCAUACGGAGCUACAACCCUGAGCAGAUCAUGCUGAGCGCUGCAGUGCGCCGGGCUAGCCGAGACGUCAGCAUCAUGAAGGAAAAGCUCAUCUUCUCAGAGAUCAGCGAUGGCAUGGAGGUCUCUGAUGAGCUCUCCAUAUGUUCAGACAACAGUUAUGACACUUAUGGCAACAGCAAUACCACCCCUGUGGGUCCUCGAGGGGGUGGCACCCGCACCAAGACUCUCACAGACCGGAGUGGGCGUUAGAAACCGGGAACCCAGGAGAGCUGGCAGAAGCAUGUCUGGACUCAGAGCACUAUGGGAGCUGGCUGCACGGCAGCCUUGUCAGUUCAAGCACCUUGUCAGCCACGGUCUCUCUUGGAUGGGUGUCCCCUCUCCCCUGAGGCCUAGCUGGGCCAGGACUCUUGCCUCUCAGACACCCCAGCAGGCCUGGGGCUCCUUCUGGGAAGUGUGGGGCCUGGGGUCUGGUCCCCCUCCAGCGGCCCUCCCUAGCUUCCAGACCUGGAAGUUUGGAUGGGUUACUGGGCCAUGCCAUGCCCCAACUAGCUAUGGAGGAGGUGGAUGCUCACCUGUGCCCACAUGUGUCUGUUCUCCUGCCAUCCAUGACUGACCUCUCUAUUGUUAUUCUGCCCCAAGAGCUUGGACUGGGCCUCUACCUGAAGCAGCUCUACUCUGCCCAUAGUCU